UUAGGAGCCCUUUUGUUGUUUUUUUCAAACGGAAAUAUUUCUUUGGCCGCCCAUUGAUCUUAACGCCUUGAAUUUCACUCGAAUUUAUUGUUGUCGGCAUGAUUGACACCAUGUCGCUGGCUGUCACUGGCCAUCCCUUUUCUAGUCCGUUGCUUUUGCUUCGCCCUUCUCUCUCACCCCCAAUCGAUUUUUCUUCACCCUCGCCCCUGCGGCAGAGGGCGCUGGGGUUGCAUUUAAAAAGUAUGGCAGAGCGGAGCGUGUAGAAUAAUUUUCCACCCUAGUAAAUAUGUGAGCAUGUUUGUCCUGUAAAGCCUCCUGAUAAUGUUUAAGCCCCAGGGGUGAAGUUGUUGCUAGUUAUUCCCUUAGUGACAAGUCACACUCCUCCUUGCAAUCAUUUUUUGGAUGCUGCCUCAAAUAUAAACAUAUUAUAAAGGAUAUAAAAUAAUGUCAAAAUGUCUGAAGACCAAAACAGCUCUGAUUCAGCUCUGCCGAGCUUACUGCAAGCUCUGAACCAGUGUCGUACAUCUGUUCCCGCCACUGAUGAAGCGUUAAAUUUUCUUACUGGAGUUUUGAAAUCAAGAGAGCUAAAUGCUUUGGUCAACGUACAUGGCCAGAUCUCAAACAGAGUCAAAGAUGAGUGCUUCCAUCCUAUCCUUUCAAAUGGACUUCAAAUUGCAGUGGAAGUUUUGGAUUUAUUGACAACCAGAAAGAAUUUGUCUCCAGACUUUGAAGAAAUUUGCUCACUUCUUAAGAAUCCUCAUCUUCAGAGAUUAUUGGAUGUUCAUGAUGCUGUGGCUCAAAAAGACUACAACCCCCGUUUAUCAGAGCUUCCGCAAGAUGUUGACAAGGAUGAAGAAACAAUAAAAAUUGCACAGCUAGUGAAAAGUGAUGAACCACUGGGGUCUGCUCAAAGUGCUGAGCCGAUUGUGGGUGCUACCAUAGCAACUGAUGAACAAACUGGAAAGUACGUUGUUGCCCGGGUUUUCCACGGUGGAGCUGCAUACCGUUCUGGGUUAAUUCAUGUUGGAGAUGAAGUAUGGGAAGUAAAUGGCAUCAAUGUCGAAUGGAAACCACCUAGUGAUGUUUUGAAAAUUCUUCAAAACUCGGAAGGCACCAUUAAAUUCAAGUUAAUUCCAGCUGAUGGAAAGCAUGCAGUUUGUGAAAGCAAAGUAAGAGUAAGAGCUCAUUUUGAUUAUGUUGCUUCUCUGGACCCAUUUAUUCCAUGCAGGGAAGCGGGCUUAGAUUUUGUGAAAGGUGAUAUCCUGCACAUUGUAAAUCAAGACGAUGGAGAAUGGUGGCAAGCCCGAAGAGAUGGUGACAGAACAACUCGUGCUGGCUUGAUACCUAGUAGAGCACAUCAGGAAAGAAUGAUUUUGCGUGAGAGAUCUCAAAUAGGAAAACGCACCGAUCAAGGCCCUGAAUCUCCCACAGGGCUAUGUCUUGUUUCAGCAUUUUCUCCUUCCCUUGCUUCCUUGACCGGCUGCAAAUCCUCUCUCCAAGCAUCACCCAAUUGUGCAUCCCGGACCAAAACUAAGAAGAUUAUGUAUGACUCUACAGAGAAUGAUGACUUUGAUCGUGAAGAAAUACCAACUUAUGAAGAAGUUGCAAAAUUAUUCCCCAGGCCAGGGGUUUAUCGACCAAUUAUUUUAAUUGGGCCUCCAGGGGUGGGGCGCAAUGAACUUCGCAGAAGGUUGAUUGCCACUGACCCUGAAAAGUUUCGCACGCCUACACCAUUCACAUCCCGACCAAUACGGCCUGGUGAAGUAAACGGCAAAGAGUAUUUCUUCGUUACAAGAGAAAAAAUGGAGGAGGAACAUGAAGCAGGAAAUUUCAUUGAGUUUGGAGAAUAUAAAGGAAAUUUAUAUGGCACAUCAGUAGAAAGUGUGAAAAUGCUUGUUGAUGCAGGACAUGUGUGUGUCAUGAAUCCUCAUUAUCAAGCACUUAAAAUGUUACGCUCUCCUCAGCUGAAACCAUUCAUCAUCUAUAUUAAACCUCCAGCAUUUGAUGUGAUCAAAGAAACAAGAGCUGUAGCGUAUGCAAGGUCUACUUUUGAUGAGAACAACUCAAGAGGAUUCACUGAUGAUGAAUUCAAAGAAAUAUUACGCAGUGCCGAACGAGUUGAAUUUUUAUAUGGUCAUCUUUUUGAUGAAGUCAUUGUAAAUGCAGAUUUGUCAGCUGCUUUUGAACAGCUAGUUCGAUCUGUUAGCCGGGUUGAAAACGAGCCUCUUUGGGUCCCAGCAUCUUGGGUUCAGUGAUGCUCUCAUUAUUUUAUGAAAGCUGUUUGGUUUUGUUGGAUUUGGAAUGCGAAGAGGAAGAUCUGACUAAUGCAACAUGUAUCACCUUAUUCUUCCAUACCUCUUGCAUCUGCUCAGUAACUUUGUUGGGUGAUACUUGUUAGUCAAGUGGUUUUGCUAAUUUAUCUAGUCAAGUGUUGUUGUAAUAUUUUUUUAAAAUUUGUUUCAUGUCACUAACAUUUUGACUACUGUCAUUGUCAUGCUAGCAUAGUGUUUGUAUUUUUACGUUUUGAUAGAGAGCAAGAACAAUUUUUGAUAUUUCUUAAGAUAUUUCUAUCUCCUUGUAUGAGGCUUUCUUUUUAUUGGCUGUAAUUGAUUUGAUUUUCUUUGUUGCUUGUUUAACUGCAGUCCUUUUGAAUCUUCUUCUGGUGGAGAUUUGUACUGUUGUUGUGUGCCAAUUUCAGGAACUUAAAUUUGCUUCAUAAGAAGAAGAAUAAUCAUUUGUAAAUCAAAUUUAAUCAUUAAUUUUGAAUCUGAUUUUCUGUACUCAAGACCUAAUGUGUUGAUAGCUUGGCACUACAAAGAUACUUUGCCAUGAACUGUGAUGUACUGUACUAUGUUGAGUUUAAUGAAUUGAAAUUUUUCUACAGAAAAGAAUUGCACUUCUAAGUCACCAGUUCUAGAUUUAUUUUUCUUGAUCAGCAAUUUUUAGAAUGAACCAUGAGACGAGGACAGUCUCAUGGUUAAACUCACUUAGCAAUGAACUAUUUUAGAGUGCAACACUCAGUGAUACUGACUUUGCUGCUUUGUAUUAGCUACCUUAUCAUUAGAGUACCUUUAACAAACAAUGCUUUCUUGUGGCAGAAUUACACAUGCUACAUGAAUUUAAAGCUUUAGUGAGGUGCUGCAUUUUGUUUGUGUUCUUAUGCAGCAGAAGUUGAGAUUUACAAACCUAUUUGGUUCGACAAUUUGCUCUAACAUCUGUCUUUUUAUGUCUUUCCUUUUUUGUUGAUUUGGAAGACCAUUAAUUUAUUUCUGUUCUGUCUGCCUUUUUUGCAUUAGUUGACUCAUGCACCUACUGUUGACUUCAGUAUCCCUUCUUACGACUAAGAUUGGGCUUGCAUAUUUUACAUUUUUGGUCAAAUUAUGAACAGUUAGUAAUUUCCAAAACUUCCACUGGUUUUCAUAUCCCUUUAAAAAGACUUCCUUUCAUUAUUAAGUUAUCAAAGCAGGGUCGGGAGACACCUAUACCCAUGAGUUUUGAUCCUAAGAUUAUUCUUUUCUGUGAUUUUUGUCACGUUAAGUGUGUUUUUUUAUGAUAGGCUUUAGAGGAAGGCCCCUCCUUGGAAGAUUAGUUUUGAGUUUUCUCAAACCAGUUUUGCUUCUUACAAAUCUCAGUGUGUGAGAUGUAUCAAUUUUAUAUAUCAAUCAUUGUUUUUGCAAGUCUGAUUCUAAAGCUGUAAAAUGCCAUAGUUGUCAUUGUUGUUAUUAUGUGUGUAAGUUAAAGUUAGUGUGAUAGUGUCCUCUUUACCAUGAACAACACUUGUUUUUCUCCUGGCAUUUGAAGUGAUUGUUAUCAUUUUGAAUUUAAAAUUUUAAUCUUAUGGAAUUGUAUUAUCUUUGAAAAUGUUGAUUACAUUUCUCUUUUCAUUUUGAAUAUACAGCACACAAUGUUUGCCUGCACCAAGAUUUAUGCCGUUCAUAGAAUUAUUUGUAUUUUGUUAGACUUGUACCAAUUGUGAAGCGUGUUUCGCUUACCUUGCCUGAAAAUGGACUGCAAUGGUCAACCAGUGCCUCUGUAUGCCUUCUAUUUGAUUUUAUCUAACUGCAAGUUUAGAAAGUCACUGUUUCUUUAAAUUAAGGGCCUUAACAUGUAUCAACAUUGUGGAAGUGGAAAAAAAAGUUUAAGUUGUGGCAGCAGCUUUUGCAAACUGAGAGGUGCCUCAUAGCUUUAUCAUCCUUAACACCCAUGAAGCAGUACGCAGUACCCUCUCCGUUUAUUUCAUUACAUUCUAUAGAAUUGUACUUGGUAAAUUCUAGUCAUGUUAUUUGUGGGAAAGUUGUACAGUUUGUACAAUACAAUUCAGAUUGAAUUCCUCUCACCUUAAUUUUCCUUGUGUGUGAAAUAGGCUGGACUGGCAGGACACAUUGUUGGCCUGUUGUUAUUUUAAAAAGCUGACAUUCAUUGUGCACUCUCUUGUACUGUACUUUCAGGGUUUUACCGGUUAACCACAAUAAAUGUUAUCAUUACA